AUGUCAAUUCCCUCUUUGAUUUUCCCAUUGGAAUUGCUCUAUACAACAGUGUUUGCUGAGGAAGGGUAUAACAGUCAGCAGCAGCAGCAGCAGCAGCACUCUUCAUCAUCAUGCCAUUAUGUGGAUGUGCACCUUGAAGAUGCUAUUGUCUUCCGAUGUCCACAGUCCAUUUUCCGAGAAUGCUCUGAAUUCAUCUCAGAGCACAUAGAAAAUGACCUAGAGGAUAAAACAGAAAUGUCUUCUAAAGAGAUAACCUUGGCAUCUGUAAAUUCUACCUUAUUUCGUACUGUGAUAAUAUACUUGGAACAUUUCUACGCUUCAGUAGAUCUGAGAUCAUCUGGGAAAAAUGAUUCUGCAGAGAGUAGUUCUCAUUCUGGUCAACCGACCUUACUUUCAAGACCUUUGCAGGUGCGGGAACUUUACCAUCUUAGUGACUGGGAGCAUCGCUUCGUUGUUCAACAAUUGUUGCAGUGGCCUCAAGAGAAAUGGGGACUCUGUGAAGAAGGACAGUGGGUAGAUGCGAGUGUAACUAAAGCAUUCACACAGUCAAUCGAGACAUGCGAAAUUUCUCACCUUCUUGGCGUAUUAGAAGUGGCGACAAAGUUAGGCGUACAACCAUUGAAAGAAUUAUGUGGAGCGGUGAUCGCGAACUUUUUGUUAGAUUUGGAUGAAAAGCAUAUUCUGGAGUUUAUGGAUGUUAAAAAAACAUUCGACUCUGAGGAAGAAAAGGCGUUGUUAGAAGAGUACCCAUGGCUUAAUGUUUAA